AUGGCUUCAAGGAGAACAAUGCGUAGAAGACCACGAUACAGAGUAAAAGCCAGACGGAGAAGACAUAUUGUCCGAAAGAGAAGGAUGAGGAAUAAGAAAAGGUUCCGAAGGAACAUCCGCUCAACUAGAAUGACUUCCAAAUUGCCAAAGAGAUUAAAACCCAGAAAGAUCCGAAUGACCAGAGAUGCUUGGGGCAUGCUGCAUUCUUAUGUGGAUGGCAUCUACAGAAAAGUCUCUGGGGAAGCUGAACGCCUGAGAAGAAAAGAUCGGCGUCCUUCCAUCAUUUCUUCAGAUGUGCAAAGUGCCCUGAGGCAAGUCAUGCCAAGGAAAUACAACAGGCGACCUACCUACAGCAAAACCCGCUAG